GGAACAGGGGGUACCAUAGAGUUCAGCGAGUAUCCUGCAGACGGGUCCAAGGGGACUGUCCAGACUGUCGAUGGCGAGUGCCUUACGGUGGGGCGUUCAAACGACUUUCCCGUUUUAGAAUUGGGUUCGUGUGAUGACGCUGCGGUUAUCGCACCCGGCAUAGGUGACACGGAGGAUCAAAUGGCCAUUGAGGACGAUACAAUCGCCGUCUGCAGAGAAGAUGAUGAUUUUGCCAGCUACGUAUUUUGUACUCCAGCAGAGGGUGGCCAAAUGUGCAUUUCUGACGAUGAGGGAUACGUUUCGCUCCGCCCAUGUGCUGAACCAUACAAAGCUGUCUUUACGGUACCUAAGGAAUCGGAAGAUGGUAGCACGUGCGACGAGAACGCCCCUAAGCAAGCCGACACUCUCUAUUUCCCAUUGGUAAUUGACGAGUUCGCUGACCCAUCACAGGGCCGCCGCCCCGGUUUCUCUCGCUUGUUUUGUGUGAAGCAGUGCGAUAUGUGGAUUGCCGGUCACACGGCACGGUUUGGAAAGACGUACUGUCUCUCUGACGAGGCACGCGAGAAGUGUUUGACACACGAAACAGACUUCGACUGUCGCAAGCAGAACUUCAUCGCCGAAGAGAGCGAGCAGCCCCUGAAGUCAUGCUAG